UCAAACAGCAGCGUUCAUAAAACGAUUUGAGCAAAGCCUGUAAACAAGUCGAUUUAUAGCGUCACACAUUUGUAGAAGUUUUCAUUUAUUUUUAAAGAAAGUUUUCAACCAAAAUCACAAACACCAAACAUGUCGAAGGCACAUCCACCAGAGUUGAAGAAGUUCAUGGACAAACGCAUGAUGUUAAAAUUGAACGGAGGACGAAGCGUGUCUGGAAUUUUGCGCGGUUUUGAUCCUUUCAUGAAUGUAGUCAUCGAUGAAACUGUUGAAGAAUGCCGAGACGGAACCAAAAACAACAUCGGAAUGGUGGUUAUUCGUGGAAAUUCAAUUGUGAUGGUCGAGGGACUGGAGAGGGUGUGAUGGCGGCGAAUGUUAUUCCAGAUCUCAUUCGUCGAACAUGAAAGAUUUUGAUAUUCAAAACUGAUGGAAAAUAAAGUACAUUUUAACUUAA